UGAGAAAACAAAGAAUUACUAUGUAAUAAUUAAGUUACGAACAUUUAAUUUAAUAAUAUUUAAAUAUAUUUACGGGUGUAAAUAAUAAAAUGGUGAAUGUGUUAAAACCAAUCGUUUAAGAAAGAAUUCAAAUUUACGGUUUUGUCCUUUCACUGAUACGGGUAAAUAAGUUAUGUCACAAAUGUCACAACUGUCGAAAUCUGAAAAAACUUGUCAUGAAGGGAAGUGGCGGCAAAACAGUGAAACUAAAAGCCCGCACCUGUAAAUUGUAAUAGACUUAUUAAUUAUUAUGUAAAAAAUAAAUAUUGUGAACAUACAGAAGUGUUAACGCUUAGUUAUAUAACCUAUAGUACAAAGAAUUUUACUAUAAACAGAUUAUUUCCGUUUAAAUAUGGAGAUAAGCUUCCCAUUUCCAUUUAAGCCUUACGCUAUUCAAGAAAAGUUUAUGAAAGAACUUUAUUUAACAAUUGAUAAUGAAAAACUGGGAAUAUUUGAGAGUCCUACUGGAACGGGUAAAUCACUAAGCAUAUGCUGUGGAGCUUUGAAAUGGCUGAAAGACAGCCAUCAGAAAACUGUACAAAACUUAGAAAACGAAAUUACAAAAUUAAAAGUUGAUUUAGCUGGGAGUGCUGGCUCAGAUGACUGGCUUACAGAAGAAUAUGAGAAGAUAAAGAAGAAUCAAACAUUAGUAACAUUACAAUUAAAACUAGACAAAAUAAAUAAACAAAAGGAAUUAUUCGAUCAGAUGAGAAUCAAAGUUGCAAAGCAAAAAACUAAUACAGGCAACAAGAUUGAUUUGUAUUUUCAAAAGAAGGAUAAGUUUAAAGGAGAUGAUAAUAAAGAGAAUGGUUUAGAAGAGAAGGUGGAGACAGAAGAAGAUAGAGAUUUGAUUUUAGAAGAAUGUAAUAAUGAGAAGAAUGAUGAGUCGGGUGAUGAGGAAACUGUAGAUGAAGAUGAGGAACAAAUAACUAAGGUAUACAUAAGCAGCAGGACACACAGCCAGCUAUCACAGUUUAUAGGUGAGAUUAAAAGGACAGCCUUCAAGGAAGACACAGGAGUGGUGACAUUGGCAUCCAGACAGCAUUACUGUAUUAAUUCUGAAGUUAAUAAGCUGAAGAAUGUUAAUCUUAUUAAUGAGAGAUGUCUCGACAUGCAAAAAUCAAAAACCAAAUCAACAUCAGUAGGAGAAGAAGGGAAAGUCCUUAAAAAGACUAAGACAAGGUCUUGUGCAGCUUGCCCAUACUACAAUCAAAACAAUAUCACUCGCUUAAAGGAGAGAAUGCUGGUAGACAUCAUGGAUAUGGAGGACCUGGUCAAAUGUGGCAAAGAGUUGAAGGCAUGCCCUUAUUAUGCCACAAGAAUGGCUAUGGAUGAUGCAGAGGUAGUACUCAUAAGUCAUGCUGGCAUAGUCAGUUCUGGCGCUCGAUCUGGCAUCUCUUUAAAACUAGACAACAAUAUACUAAUACUGGACGAAGCUCACGGACUGACUGCAGCGCUAGAGAACGCUCAUUCAGCCCCCGUGUCCAUCAAACAGCUGUCUUCAGUGAAAACCUUUUUACAUUUUUAUAUCAACAAGUAUAGAUCAAGGCUGAGUAGUAAGAAUCUGCUCUCUUUAAAUCAAAUCAGUUUUGUAGUAGGGAAAUUGUUAGGUAUGAUAAAAUCGAAACCAGGAGAGAAAAACCAAGACACAACAAUAUUCAGCUUAGAAGAUUUUGUUAUAAAGGCAGAGAUAGACCACAUGAACUUGAGACCUCUAGUAGAAUUCUGUAGGAACACAAGACUGGCUCCUAAGCUCCAUGGGUUCUCUAUGAGGUACAGUCAGCAGGCACUUGAAGAGGAAAUAAAGAAAAGUACCGUCAGCAAAAAAAGUUCCUUUGAAAUGUUCAUGAAUAAUAUUUCGAAAAAGAAACCUGGUGAGAAAGUCGAAGAGGAUAAAGUUGAAGAAAAACCAGUUGCGCAAGUUAACGUCAAUGUACCUACUGAAACAUCCGCAGGUAGCGGCUUAUACGCGCUCCUAGACUUUCUAGAGAUGCUCUGUGAUCGUAGCGAGAACGGUCGAGUGUUGGCCCAGAGAGACGACCAGGCUGGACUACUGAAGUACCUAUUAUUAAACCCUGCUGAACAUUUUGCUGAAGUUGUUAAGCAGUGUCGAUCUGUAAUAGUUGCUGGAGGCACAAUGGAGCCUAUUUCGGAAUUUCAUGAGUUACUUACAAGCAGCUCCAAUACUGACAAAAUCAAAGAUGACUUAGUCAACAUAGUCAGAUGCGAGCAUGUAGUACCUUCAGAAAACGUGCUGGGAGUGUGUCUGUCGAAGGGACCCACCAAUGUCAAUCUCAACUUCUCAUAUGAAAAUAGAAUGUCGAAUGAAUUGCUCAGUGAAGUAGGUCGUAUCCUUAGAAACGUCUGCAGCAUAGUACCGGGUGGUGUUGUGUGCUUCUUACCAUCAUAUUCAUAUGAACAAACAGUUUACGACCAUCUCAAAAACAAUAAAGUUAUAGAAGCCAUAACUAAGAAGAAGACUAUUUUCCGUGAGCCAAAAUCAGCUGCUGAUGUUGACCAAGUCUUGCAUAAAUUCGCCGCAGCCGUUAAGUUAAAAGAUGGACAGCAUAACGGAGCCUUACUCCUAAGUGUUGUGGGUGGAAAACUUAGUGAAGGAUUAAAUUUUAGUGAUGACCUAGGGCGAUGUGUCAUGGUAAUUGGAAUGCCUUAUCCCAAUGUAAAAUCCCCGGAAUUACAAGAGAAAAUGAAUUACUUGAAGAAAGUCGCAGGCGGUAGUGCUGGCAACAUUUAUUACGAGAAUCUGUGCAUGAAGGCUGUUAACCAGUGUAUUGGCAGAGCAGUGAGACACGCCAAUGAUUAUGCUAGCGUUGUUUUGGUUGACGAAAGAUAUUCGAGACCUCAAACUAUGUCGGCAUUACCGUCAUUUGUACAAAAAUCACUUAUAGCAAAUUGCAAUUUUGGGGCAAUGAUUGGGAAUAUGGCAAAAUUCUUCACAAGACAUAAAGAAAAAUAACCAAGACAUUUUUUCU